UUGUUUUAAAUCCAUUUUUUCAGAAGAACAGAACACAGAUAAUAACAUCUUCAGGCAGAUUAAAGAACAGUAGAAGAAGUUUGGACAACUAGCAUUGAAAAACGUUCGGCAACGACUGCGUUGAAACGUGCGAGUGCCGUGAGAACUGGUCCACAGCGCAGGCCGCUCGCUCGGAAAAGCGCAGAGGAACCUGCAGCUCACCGUCGCACACACGCAGCCUCAGAACACAGCGCAGGUUUUGCUCGCAGCCCUAGUCGAAGGGACAGUGAGCGAGCAUGUGCCUGGAAACAGUGGGCGUGUGGCUGCGGUCGUGGGUGGUGCAGGCCAAGGCGAGGUUUCGUUACCGCAUCGACAAGGCUCACGCGGCCAGGGCCAGGAAGCGCUGGAUCAAGCGCCAGAAGUCGGUGAUAAGGGCCAAUUAUCAGCAGGAUUGUCACAGCGACCCUCUGGAUCACCUGGGGCACCAUCCCUACAAGCCCACUACCUAUGUGUCCGACAGCGAGGACGAGGAGUGUAGGCUCACCUACAACUCGGAUCAGGGCGUCGGGGUGCUGUCGCCGCAGCGGCUGAGUCAGCGCCUGAACGAGAACGCGCUGGCCCGGGAGGCGGUGGGCGAGAGCGACGCGGAGCUGGCUCAGUAUCUCAAGGACGAGCGCAUCGCCCUCUUCCUCCAGAAUGACGAGUUCAUCAACGAGUUAAGGACCAACCGGGAAUUCAUGACGGCGCUGCAAGAAGAUUAUCAGUCGGAAGCAGCAGAUGAUGAGGAAGUGGAUGGGACAGAGGUCAAGGGGCAGUUAGCACACCUUGAUGAUGCCACACUCAGAGAGAGAAUUGCCACAAUGGGUAAAGCCUCAAGGAAAAAAUUUGCACAGAUUGCUAAGGUAUUUUCGCGACGUAAGCGCAGUGGAGGGAGAAGUCUCCUCCCCAGCACAGGGAGGGAACAGCUCCUUAUAUCCGCUGAUCCUCUCAUUGAAGACGAUGACGAUGACAGGCAACUGCAGCAAGUGGAGGGAAAUAUGGCAGCUUCCCCAAGACACCUUCGGUAGAGGUAUGUAAAUGAUACCUGUGAAGCAGUUACAGGACCACAACCUCAGCAUGGAAAAUCAUCUUGUGCUUAAGAUGUGACAUUGCUGUGGGUUCUGAACAACUGGCAGCGAUCAAGUUCGGAGAAAAGGAUGAGCGUGUUUGGGUUGGGCUUUCAGAGGGACUCCACUCAAGGCAUAAUAGUGUACCUCUUGAAAGUUUAUAUUCAAUAUGAUUGUUUUUUCACUUUGAGAAGCAUGUUGAUUGUUUUCUGAAUGUUGUAUUGUGAUGCAGUGAAACCAAAGCAUUUUUAAUCUGAGUUAUACCUUAUUAGUAAGUUAGUUUCAUUAUCAGUUACACUUCAAGUAUGAGGAACACGUCUUUUCAUUUCAGUGUUACAGUAUAAUCAGGGCAUUUAUCAUAACACUUGGUUGUACUUUAUGUAGUCAUGUCUGUGACAGAAGUAUGAAUUACAGGUGAAAGUCUGAAUAUGAAUAUUUUCAUUGAAUGUUCAUAUGAAACUUUAGUCAGAAUAGCUAUCUAAUCUUUCACCUAGGUUAUCAAGAGUUCUCAGUUUACCUGAGUUCUCCUUUCCCUGCAGGAACAAAUUCUGAAAGUGUUAAUGACAUUUUAAAUAGAAACAUAGGAAUUGUAUUUUUUUAUUAUGAUGUGAAACAAUUGAAGAGAAUUUUAUAAUGAUAUAUUAACUGGCAGUUUAAUAGCAGAUUGGUAAAGUUUAUGUUGUAAUAUAUAUUAAAAAGGAAAAUGUAUAAAUUAUAUUUCUAGUAUAUUGCAUACAGGUAAGUUGAGACAGUGUUUCCCAUGAUUGGAGUAAGCAUUGCAUAUAGAAUGAGCAACAAGAAAUGAAAUGGAGAAAGGAGUUGUGCUUAGGUAGAUGGUUACAAGGAGGGGAUGAUUAGCUAGCUUGUAAUAGCAAGGCAGUUUAUGCUCGUAUGCCAUUAUUCCUCUGUGGUAGAACUUAAAGCCUUUGUUGGCCAUGGUUACCACAGAAAGAUACAAGUCAAGAGUUUUUUUCUUUUACUGUGUGCAAACGUCUGUGCUACUGGUUGAGUCACAAUAUUAUGGUCAUAUGACAUGUGUGAUAUAGAUUAUACUCAGUGCCAAGACUAGUGGAUAAUUAUUUUAUGAUAAGUAUAAAUCCUUUUCUUUUAAGUUAAAAUAUGAAAUACCUGUUAUCACUUAUGGAGGAUUCUACUAUAAUGCAGGACAAUAACCCUUUAUUUUUUAUCCAUCAACUGUUAUAAUCUUCCAGUUCUCAUAAUGAAAUUUAAUGAUGUUAGAUACUUUUGAUUAUUUUAUUGAACGUCAAAUAGAAUUGAUUGAUAAAACCUUUGCAUAUGUCUUUGAUAUAACAGACUUCUUAUUAAACUAAAGUUGUAGAUUUGCUAAGGCAUAAAGUUCAGCUCAUCAUUAUAAUGUGAGUUUAACCAGAAAUGUACCAUUUUGAGAAUUAUACUGUGAUAUGCAAAGGAGAUUGAAACAGAUGGACUGAUAUGGUGA